CCGGAGACCUGCAAGAUCACGAAAACAUCGCUCGAUCCAUUCGAUAAAAGCUCCCGGAGAAAUUCCAAGAGACCAAUUUCUUCAGAGCUGACGUUACUGGAACGAGUGAUUCAUUCAUUCAAGACCGAAAUUUCCCCGAGCGAAUAGACUUCGCGAUUUUCCCAGAAAGAACGAAAAAAGCAGCACGGUUGAAGAAGUGAAAGAAGAAGAAGAAGGAGAAGAAGAAGAGGAGGAGGAAAAAGAAUAAGAGAUGGCCACACAUGCAGCGCUACAGGGCCCGUCAGUCACAUCGCCUCGCGAAUUGGCAGAUUGGAGUCACCGUCCCGAGUUCACCGCGAAGGAUUCAAAGGAAACGCAGCGCUGAUCGGGUCGCGAAUUAACGCGGCCAUCGGCGAGAGUGAGACCUCGUGAACAAUAAUAUACAAACAAUGACCCAUCGCACGAAGAUAAAAAUUCUCCGCGAUGAGUUCACGUGAAAGUUGAGUAAAAUUUCGAUACUGUCGUAAAAGAAAUUACGGCUCAACAUAAUCUUCCAACGGAGUUAUCGUUUUGAGCUACAAUAAAAGGGAAGCUACAGCAAAACGGAAGAAAAGAGAAGGGGGGAAGAAGAAGAUAAAUAAGACGAAGGAAAUAAAUAGGUAGAUUAAGUAGAUAAGUAAAACGUCGUAGAGAGCAGGGAGAGGAGAGAAGAAACUUGUCAAGGAACGUCGCGACUACUCGCUCUUUUGAUUUUGACGCUGAUUUACUUCUCGCGGAAGCGCAAAAAUGGCCGGUGACAGCGCGCUCUGGGUGUUCGGUUACGGAUCGCUUUGUUGGCAUCCCGGUUUUUCGUACAACAAAAGCAUCACCGGCUACGUGAAAGGCUUCAAAAGACGUUUCUGGCAGGGUAACGCAACGCAUCGCGGUACAGUCGAGAAGCCCGGUCGAGUCGCCACACUGAUCGAGGACAAAGAGAGCACGGUUCACGGGCGGGCGUUUCAAAUUCAAGAGAGCGCGGCGCUGGCCUACCUGGAGAACCGGGAGUGCGCUCUCGGAGGAUACCUGACGACCAUAGUGACCUUCCACAGCCGGGACGGGGCCAAGCAGUUCCCCGUCGUGAUUUACAUCGCCACCAGCGAGAACGAGCUCUGGCUCGGCGAGGCGUCGCUGCAGACCAUAGCGCGUCAAAUCACCGAGUGUUCCGGCGCGAGCGGGCACAAUGUCGAGUAUCUGUUACGAUUGGCGGAGUUCAUGCACCGUUACCUGCCGGAGGCGCACGACGAGCAUCUCUUUACGUUGGAGCUGCUGGUGCGCUCCAGGAUCAAGGAGGGGAACAUGUGCCUGGCGACGCUGAUGGGAAACCGCGACUUCAUCAUCGAUCUCGAGGACACGGAAGCGGCGGUUCGCGCGGAGGAUCACGCGGACGGCAACGAGCAGUCCCGCGGGUACUCGUUGCAGUUUAGCGCGCGAAUACCGUCCAAGACCCUGCGCUGCGUCAAGAUGUAGCCAAUUUGCGCUAUUUGUGCUACGAUGACAGUACUGUAUAGUAUAUUUCCGAAUGAAAAUCGCCCAAGCGAUGAGAGCGAGAGUAAGAAAUUAUGGCUUUCGCGCGAUCUUUCAGGUAGAUCUGUAAAUUUUUGUGCAUCUGCAUAAGCGACGAGCGAGAGUGAGGAAUGAUGGCUUACUCGUGGUCUUCUAUAGGCAUAUUUGUAAAUGUUUGUGCAUCUGCAUAGGUAGACUUGGUUUUGUCAGGUGUCAGGACAGGGAAGAAAAUUGUCACACCUAUUGUUCGCCGCUGGCGAGCGUGUUUUCGCUUUCUCUUCGCACAAACGCACAUGCGAGUGCAAACUGUUGCGGCGGCAACAGCAACGAUAAUAUCGAAAUACCGAUAUAUCGAGAGACAAAUAUCGGAUAUUUAUCGAUAUUUUUUGUCUCCGAUAAAGUCGAACAUAUCGGUAUGAAUUUUACUGAUUUUCUAAUAAGAAUACGACAAUAAAUUAU